GAAAAUAACCCCGCCCACAUUAAAACUUAAAAACAAGUAUUCACACAAUAUAAAGUGUUGCUGGGUUCAGUGUGUCUGCGUCUGCCGGCCAACAUUCAUUUCUUUAAAUAGACGUCUAUUUUAAUGCAAAAGCAUAACACAGGUCCCUGAGGGACUGAUGCACACCAGCUACAUUUAAUACGGGCUCAGACGGUUGCAGCAGCCUUUGAUGAGGACUUUUUCUUACAUGCUGUAAAUGGACUAGUUUGUAAAAGAGAGAACUUCCUCCUCUGUGCAGAAACCAUGUCCUACACCAGUAAACUCCCCGCGUCCUGGAAUGAUCGGCCUCCUCCUCGAAAAGUGGAAAUAGACCUGAGUUCUCCCGGUCUGGCAGUGGUGGAGCUGGAGAAGCUCCUGUUUACGGGCAAAGCCAUCAUCAGCCACGCGGAUGAAGUGUGGCCUCGGCUCUACAUCGGUGACCAGCACAGUGCGGAGAACAAGGCCGACCUGUGCAGUCACCGCAUCACGCACGUCCUGAACGCGGCCCACAGUCAACGCAGAGGACAGGCGCACGUGUACGACAACAUGAUGAUCACAUACAUGGGCAUCGAGGCUCAUGACUCCUGUAACUUUGACAUGAGUGUCAACUUCCAGGCAGCGGCAGACUUUAUCCACAGCGCCCUCAGCAGAGGAGGCUGUGUGCUGGUGCACUGUCACGUGGGAGUGAGCCGCUCGGCCACGCUGGUCCUCGCUUACCUGAUGCUGAAGCAGAACCUGAGCCUGGUGGAGGCCAUUUGUGCCGUGAAAGAGAACCGCGGUGUGAUCCCUAAUCGAGGAUUCCUCAGACAGCUGAUCAGACUCCACGUCCAGCUGUUUGGCAAACACCAGUGAAACCUGGUCCACUUCACACGUCCACAACACGAGGACAAUAAUGUCAUGAACUUAAACGAGAAAAAACAUUUAUAUUCAGUCCGUUAAAACAUGUUGAGUGGAUUAAAGUUUGAAUCCGAGUCAGUUUUUCUUUAUGUAGAAACUUCACUUUAUAUAUAUGUAUAUAUUUAUGUAUAUUAUAUUCUGCUUUUCUUCUUCUUUUGUGUAACACUUGGCUGUUGAAUCUUUAAAAACGUGAGCACAUGACGAGAGGAAGAGGAGACAGAAGGUGGCGAGGAAGAUUGAUCAGAGUGUUGAAUGAUUGAGAAAGUGUCCUUUAUAAGAAGUAGAAGAGUAGAACAGAGCUUAGAGCGGAGUUUGCUCUCAGUAAUCAUUACACAGAACAAAUACAGUGGCCCAUGUGCAAAUAUCAGCUUGUGAUGCAGAAUAAACAAAGUCAAAGUA